UAAUGCUUCCUAAUGUCUCCUACAUGCUCCAUAACCAAGCAGUUAUAGUAGCACAGUGUGAGUGUGUACAUAAGUCAGUGUAUUCUUAGCUGUUAGAUGUUAAUGUUAAUGACCCUGUCUCAUGGUUGUGUCAGGCACAGGUCUGUGUCUGUGAGGGUAAAGCUCUCGAAACAUUGCAUAGUUGGAUGCGAUGGAUCACUAGCUGUCAAUCAUGUGGUUGCUAUGGAAACUGAUGAGAGCCUGGCCCUCUAGGUAACAGCAUCCCUCCAAGCUAGAGCGUGUGAGAGCGUUCAGCUGGUGGCAGAGCUGCAAGUGUUCUCGCAAACAGACCCUCAUCCCCCUGUACGCCACGACUCGUUCUCCCGGCAGCAGGAAACGCUGGGCGCUCUGCUGAUUUACACAGAAUUUCUGAAGAAUUGACUCUCAAUAUGAAUGGAAGAAACCACCUCUAAACAACUGUUUAAUGUGUUCCACUGUAUACUUGUCCUCACUGCCACUUUAACAAGCCUUAUUCCCUUUAACAAACAAUGGAAUCUGAGGACACCAACUGUGACGAGGUCCAGGAGAAGGUGGGCUUGAAAAGAAAAUUAACUGGCCCACCCAGGCUUCUUCUGGGAAAAGGCAAGGAUGAGAAGAAGGCAGAUCUUCAAGCUUCGAGAAAGCAACGACGAGACAAAAAUAACGGCACGGAGAAGCACGAGGUGGAGGAGCACCAAGGCAACGAUGAUGCAGGUUCUGAAUCGCAGCAGGCUACGUGUCAAAGCCCUGAAACUGCCUGUACUGGAGAAGAGGAAACAACUCAGAUCUCCAAUUUAGAUUUGCAAGAAGAGCCUGUGGAAACUGUAGUCUCAAAUUCUGAGCAGGAGAAGGUCAAGGAUCAGCACGGCAGGAGUAGGCAGAGAAGAUGCAGAGCUAAAGCUGCAAUUAGAAGGGUGCUCUUCCCUGCGUUCGCAUGCGUUAGAAGGAGAAAACAAUUAGAUAAUAGAGCAGCAGAAGAUGCAGAGCACAAUGCAACAUGUGACAAUUGCCAGGAUGCUCUAACUACCGAUACCACACGUGAAGUUCUAGCUGACAGUGUAACUGAAAGAUGUGAAAAGAAGAAAAAUCAAAAAAGAAAGUUCCAUAUGAGAAUAUGUGGUGCAGUUUUUAAGAGGUUUUCAGUAAAACCCAAGAGCCCCAGCAGCCAGAAGCAAGAGAAAGGCUGUGUGGGACCAGAUAAUCAUAUUUUAAUUGAAAUAACCUCUGAAAAAAGUGCUGCUGAUCAGUCUGAUUACUCUGCUCCCAGGCCAUCUGGGGAUAUAGCUGUGGAUGAGCAGCUGAAAGGAUCAAAGGAGAUUCAUGAAGACAUGGCAGGAAUCCAUGCAGAAAGCUGCCCAGGGAAAGAACUGGAUCAGGAGGAAGAGUGCUCAGAGAAAGUGACACUGUGUGCCGAGGUGAGCAGUGGCCUGAACACUGUAUUCAGUCAUAAUGAGGUGGAACAACUGGAACGUCCUGAGCAGGACGUAAUCCAAUGCCAUCUCCAAAACAGGACAAAUGAAGAGGACACAACAAUACAGAACACUGAGACAUCAGAGCUCAGACCUGCUCUCUCAGACUCUCAGACUGAGAUCAUCCCAACAUGUGUUAAUGAGUGUAAUUCCGAUAUCAAUGCUCCUGAGGCCUCGCCAGAUAUUACUGUCAAUAAUGUGGUUUUCCUAGAGGACCCAGAUAAGAUUGUUCCGAUUGAAAAUGAAGUGAAAUGCAAACCACUCAUCACAAUAGAAGAUGUUCCCUCAUCGGAUGAGGAAAUCCAAGAACCUUUGGAAAACGAUGCUCCACAGCAUAACACGCUGUCUCCACUUUUUGCACUGAAUGGAUCCUGCCACCGAUUUAAGGUUAACAGGGCGACGAAAGACACAUUACACACUCUAGACCAAACUGAAAACAGCAACAGCCAGUUCUCAGACAUCGUUCUGGUGCAGACAGCGUUGACCUUGGUCCACGCCGCUAUAAACAGUGCUAUGGAACAGCUUUCAGCCGAGCUGCAGAAUAAUCAGAUAGACGAGGACCAUGUUUAACCCUUUCAGAAAUGCACAGAGUUUCUUUCAAAAUGUCAGAUUUACAGAUAUGGGCAAUUAACUAUCCAUUAAACUAAAAGUAUUUACAUAAAAUCUUCACUGAGCUGUUCAAAACAUCAGUGUUAGCAGGCCCAGACCCAGCUUUGCAGAACAACUGCAGUUCUUACAUCACUUCCCAUGUGCUACAUUCUUAAAUGUCCCUAGAAAACAUCCCACAUUUUCAGAAAAUGUAGAGGUUUCCUCUUUAAAGACAAUUACAACGAAGCCCAGGAGGGGACAUGGUUAAAAAAAAAUAUUAAAUCGUUUGGAUUAUCAUCACAGCGGCCCUGUAACAGAUCAAGAGCAAAAAAUGCACUUUUCCUUCCAAGCUUUUUAUCUUACUACAUAUAAAAAUUGUUCGCUCGAAUUAAAGAAAUCAUGAGCAUGAACUGCUAUAUCAUUCACUCAAUUUAUUUAUUUUUUUCAAAUCUAUGGCCCCUCCCAGGCUCCGUACAUUACAAAGUGAGAAAAAAAAAGUGAUUUCUUACAGUGAUUUCUUUUUUUUUUUUUUUUUCCUCUUCGUUUUGUUUUCCUGAUGUCCAUUUAUGAUGCUUGUGUGGGCUUGUGUUCUGUCUCUAUAACUUGCUGAAAAUGUGUUUCAACAUGUGUUGCACAAGUUGAAGUGGAGCCCCUUCUUCAUGCUAUACAGAACAACGUUUACACAUUUCAUAAAAAACUAUCAACACAAGGUUUUCUGUGGACAUGAAAAACAUUUUACCAGACAAAAAAUAAAAUUAGAGUUCUUAAAUUAUUUAUUUGGGUUGUCAAGGACCUGUAUAAAACCACUAUCAUUGCUAAAGAAUACUUUAAAGAAUCCCUUUUUUUUUUUAAGAAAUAUAAGUUAAAAUGACUGUUUUUGUUACUGUGCCUUUAAGACUGUAUGUGUAAAUGAUCUUUGUUGUUACUGGAUGCCCUUUAUUUUGCUUCAUUCAAAAAGCACAUAGGCUGAAAUACUGCUUAUUGUUUGUAGGCUGAAUAAACGGGUUGACUUUUGUGACAUCACAGAAACAAUUCAUCCAAACCAGGUUGAUUAUGCAGGUAAAUUUCAUGUAUUGACUGGGGAGAAAAAGUCAUGUUUAGAUAGUUUAAACAUACUUGAGGAAAUUCCUUUUUUUUUUUUGUUUUUUUUUGUUUUGUUUUGAGGCUAUGGGACCUACACACACAAGCCAUACUCUCAGCAGGCGGCACAGAAAACAUUUUUUAUUGAUAUGACUGGAGCACAGUCUCAGCGGAGUCUAGCCUCAUGGUUGGAAGGAAAAUCAAUGUUCUUUGUUCAGUAAUCAGUGUUAGAUGAGUUAGCAUUGUAUUGAUUACACUUUAAUCAUGUAUGGUUAUGGCAUUUACAACAGAACAAGCUCUGUUAAAUUGCCACUAGUGUGACCUAUCAUGCAUAUUGACCAUAUUGACCUGUAUUAUUAUAUGUAAUGAUUUGCAAACAGUGAUGUUCUUCUAAUAAAUAUUGUUAUUGCUAUAUGA